AUGUACCUUGAGCGCCCUGUCCAACGGAAGCCUCCUGCCGCGGCCGAGCUAGCCUCUCAUGAGGACUUGGCGCUCAUCACUGCCGAGGCUGAACUGCGACAGCUCCGGGCUCAGUACCGGAUAACAAUACCUACAUUUCUCCAGCCGGAGCUUCAGGCAGCCUCUUGUCCACCCGGAGUGGCCUCAACGAAAGCCAAAACUCAAUUCAUCAGCAUGGAGCACGGCAUAGUUUGCCUGCUACUCUACUGGAUAACAGUCUGGGAUCAGAGCCACAUCGAUUCGCUGAACUGUAGCAUCCUCGUCUACAUUGCCAGCGUCGCUAUCUAUCGACUCUACUUCCAUCCGCUUGCAAAAUUCCCGGGACCAAGGCUGGCGGCGGUAACUGGGCUCUAUGAAGCGUACUAUGAUCUAUAUUUGAAUGGUCAAUAUACGUUCAAGAUUGCAGAACUUCAUAAUAAAUACGGUAAUUACUCAACUAAACGUGCCUUAACCCUCCUCGCCAUUGCUAACGGGCGCAUUCCAGGACCAAUUAUACGUAUUUCUCCCUUUGAGCUUCACGUUAGCGAUCCCACAUUCUUCGAAACUUUAUACCAGCAGAAUGGAGUCUGGAACAAAUACGCCUGGUCUGUGGAUGCGUUUGCAUCAGAUGGGGCAACUAUAUUCACGGUUAAUCACCACCUCCACAAGUCGCGUCGACAACCGCUGGCACCUUACUUCUCCAAAGGAAAAGUAGCGCAUCAUGCCCCCAUGAUACGUAGACAUGUUGACCGGCUGUGCGGCCGUAUAGCCGAGUUCGUCUCAUCCGGAGCUACAUUUAACCUCGGCGCUGCGGCAACGGCUUUUAGCAGAGACGCCAGCAACGAUUUUCUUUUCAAUAAAAACUACGAUAGCCUGGGUCGCGAGGAUUUUGAUGUCGCUCUUUUGACCGCCAGCUCUGGUGGUGGAGUUAUAUGGAGGACAACCAAGUUCAUUAGAUGGUUUGGUCCAGUGGUUCGGUCUAUUCCUCCUCAGGUUAUGAUUAAGUUGACAAACGACCCUCUGAUGAAGGACUUUUUGAAAUUUCUUAUUGUUACAAUGGACGACAUGAAAAAUUUCAUGGUCGAUGCGAAGUCAUCCAAGACGAAUGAGAAGAACACGAUUAUCCACGAGAUUAUACAUUCAAAACUGCCAGCUUCUGAAAAGCAAUUCCCCCGCAUCUUCAACGAUGCCGCCACGGUAGCCGGCGCAGCAUUCGAGUCAACUGCCAGCGUGCUACGCGUUAUCCUCUUUAACCUCUAUACCGACUCCUCCAUGCUCCAGCGUCUCCGUGCAGAGCUCGCUGACGCAUCGGCUAACUCGGCAGAGUUAGAUCUUAAGACACUCGAGCAACUUCCAUACUUAACCUCGGUUGUGAUGGAAGGUCUCCGUCUGAGUCCCGCCAUUGCGACACGCAUGGCUCGUGUUGCCCCCGAAAGAGAUUUAUUCUAUGAAAACCAAAGGAUUCCCGCCGGUACGGCAGUUGGUAUGACGUCGAUAUUAGUACACUGGGACGAGUCUCUGUAUCCUGAGCCGAAGCGCUUCAACCCGGACCGAUGGAUAGAUCCGAGCCCGUGGAAGAUUGGUGACAAGGUGUUUGUGCCAUUUUCUAAGGGCACGCGAGACUGCAUGGGAAGGCAUCUCGCCUGGGCUGAGUUGUACAUUUUUAUAUCUACAAUCGUCGAGCAGUUUGACUUUGAGCUCCCAGAGGCAAAGCAAGGUGAUUUCGACUGUUGUGGUGAUCAGUUCGCUAUACAAGUUCCGUGUGGCGGGGAACUAUUAGCUGUUGCGACUUAUCGUAAACUGUAA